AUUUAUAUACGGAAGUUGAAACGGAAAAGCAGCAGCUGAGUGUGAGAGUGAGAGUGAGAGUGAGAGUGAGAAGAAAUAUCAGUAGUCAUCACAAAGCAAAUGCUGAUCUUUACAUUACCUCCACAAACUCCAUUUCCCAAUUACAACUUUGCCCCUCUCUUCUCCACCAAACCCCAACCUCAUUCUCCUUGCCGCGCCACCGCCAACAGCUCCGCUCAGCGCCCCCUCUCCCUCGCCGCUACUGCUUCCACCUCUCUCCGCGAAGUCAGCUUCACGUCGGAUGAUGAUGCCUCCCAGGAUGGGGACUCUAUGGUGUCAUCAGCGGCUGCGGUCGCGGCGGCGAUACGCGCCGCCUCGACUUCGCCGGUGGAGUUCCUGCAGAGGAUAGAGGAAGGCGGCGGCCGCAGUGGAGGUAAGAGUAAAGCGCUGGUGUUGCCGAGUCAGGAUUUUCAACGCCUUUGCCUCGAGCAGCUCGAUCUCUUUCGCCGCAUCGUUGACCCCGAUGCUCUUCUCUCGGUCUAUGUCAGACCAGCUGGUAGUUAUGUCAUGGAUCGACUGGAGUUGCGGCGAAUUACUCUCUACCCAGGUGUCCAUGCAGCUGAUAUUGUGGUUUUAGUUGCUAACUUUAGUAUGCCAGCAGGACUAAGAGUUGCAGAAGCUGCAAUUUCAAGUCAACAGGCAGAGUUUUUUCCUGAGCUUGGUGCUGUUGUUUUCCCCAUGGUAACACAUCCAUUUGUUGUGGGCUUCUUAGUUGCUGAGCUUCCUAAGAUGGCUCUAGGAAGAGAAUGGCAUGACAUGAAAGAGAGUGCCUUCUCUAGGAAAUCUUUCUCAUUGCCCCAUAGCAUGGAUCCACAAUCUUUGGAUGUACAAACUUUCAAGGAACACUCAGUUGAUAUGCUAAAGUUUUCCACUGAACAAAAGCUGAAUGCCAUAAAUAUUACCCGUUCGCUAGCCAUGGCUUAUGUCAUGGAUCAGAAAGCAAUGCUACUGCAGCAAUCAUCAUGGCAAAAUAAUGUCAGGAUGAGUAAUUUGGUGGAGCAAAUUCGAGGUUCUCUUUCAAGCGUUCGAACCUUGAGCAAGAUGUUGUCUCUUCAUUUGAAGAGAACUGAGAUUUCUUACGAAAUUGUUGAAGAUAUUCUAGUGCAAGGUGAUCAUAUGAGAGAUACUCUUCAACAGCUACAGGAUGCUGUCUACUUGACAAAGGCCAAUAUAAUGCGUUAUAACAAUGAAACGGUGAAGAAGAUGCGGCAGUCAUCUGAAGCGCAGCCAGAAAUGAGUUCACAGUUAUCCAAUAGCAUAUCUGUGGAGACUUCGAUUAGUAAGAUGUUAGAAUCUCGUGGGCAAUUGUCUGUUAGUUCAAUCCCCAAGGAUUCAGAAUUUCCUAUGCCACCUCUUGCUCUUGCACCCUCAAACCAACAGGGAAUUAGAAGACCGUGUGAAAUUUCUGAUGUACUGCAAGAUUUGGUUGGAGCCAUAAGACCUCUUGCUCAUGAGCAACAAAGAGUUGUAGAACUCUGUGAUCUAUCAAGGUCAUUGAAAGUCGCGGUUGAAGAACCUGCUUUGCGUCAAGCUUUGAGCAAUUUAAUUGAGGGUGCUUUGUUGCGAACAGAAGUUGGGGGAAGAAUUGAAAUCGUCUGUACUGAAGCACCAGCAGGUGGUGCCCUCGUCAUCAUCGAUGAUGAUGGGCCUGACAUGCACUUCAUGACGCAGAUGCAUUCACUCACUCCAUUUGGGUUAGAUCUCUGUGCCGAAGAUAGGAUCGAAGAUAACAUCACUUGGAACUUCGUUGCUGGUUUGACUGUUGCUUGCGAGAUACUGGAGAACUACGGCUGCGUUGUCCGUGUUAUCUCUCCAAGAGCAAAUGCAGCCUUUGCAGCCGGUGGUACCCGUCUAGAACUCUGGCUUCCCUCUUUCUCUGCCUCCUCAUCAGAUGCGGAGGGCUUUGAUCAGGAGGCCUGAAGAAACCAUCAGAACUCUCUUGAGCAGCUCUGAUUCUUAGCCAUAUCCGUUAAUUUAAAUGAUUAAAACUUUUGUAUCAUAGUCAUAGAUUUUUUUAUAUUCUUGGAAACCCUGUUUUCUGUACAUAUAACACACUAUUCCAGCAACAAAAGCCGCUGAUAAUUUUUCCUUAAUAAGCAUGAAAAUGAUGCCGUCUGCA